GCUGCUUAUAAAGGACUGCGGAAAGACAAGCUGAUCAGUUCAGUGCUAAUGCAUUGAAAGGACUUGAUCGUGCAUUCGUGAAACUAUAUAGAAAUCAUGUCAACAGCCGAGCCAGAAAUGGUAACUUCAGCGGUUACAGCCACUGCAACCGCUGGAAUAUCGGCAACUACCGUUUUUCUCUCUCUCUUGAUACCUGCCCUGGUCCUGUACUACAUCUACUUCAGAAUUUCCAACCGUCAUUUGUAUGAGCUAGGGAACAAAUUACCGGGUCCUGAUGGCUUACCGAUCAUUGGAAACGCGUUACUGCUCAGAGGAAGUGCCGACACCGUCUUUCGCACCAUAUAUAGGAAAUCCUUCGAAUACGACCAGGUCAUCAGAUUGUGGCUGGGGCCGAAGCUGAUGGUCUUCCUAAUGGAUCCGCGCGACGUCGAGAUCAUUUUGUCUAGCCAGGUUUACAUCGACAAAUCCGUCGAAUAUAGAUACUUCGAGCCCUGGCUCGGCAACGGUCUCCUUAUCUCCACCGGUCCGAAAUGGCGUGCUCAUCGCAAACUGAUCGCGCCGACAUUCCAUUUAAAUGUGCUGAAGAGCUUCAUCGAUCUUUUCAAUGCCAAUUCACGCGCCGUCGUAGAAAAGUUACGUAAGGAGGGCGACAAUGAGUUCGACAUUCAUGACUACAUGUCCGAAUGCACCGUCGAGAUCCUUCUCGAGACUGCUAUGGGUGUCUCCAAGUCCACGCAGGACCAAAGCGGCUUGGAAUACGCUCUGGCAGUGAUGAAAAUGUCGAACAUUCUACAUAUGCGUCAUAUGAAAGUCUGGCUCAGAGCUGACUGGCUAUUCAAUCUCACGAAAUACGGAAAGGAUCAAAUUCGUUUAUUGGAGAUCAUCCACGGACUCACGAAGAAGGUCAUCGCGCGUAAGAAGCAAGAAUACAAGACCGGUAAACGCAAUGUCAUCGAUGUUUCUGCACAAAAUGGCAAUGCCAAAAAUGGCAGUGCCAAAAAUGGCAGUAUCCAAGAUAAGAACGCCUCUGUGGAGGGACUUUCCUUCGGACAAGCGGCUGGUCUGAAGGACGAUCUUGAUGUGGAAGAAAAUGACAUUGGCGAGAAGAAGAGACAAGCUUUCCUCGAUCUGUUGAUGGAAGCUGGUCAAAAUGGUUCUGUCCUCACGGAAACCGAAGUCAAAGAGCAAGUUGACACUAUCAUGUUUGAAGGACAUGACACGACCGCGGCUGCAUCCAGCUUCUUCUUAUCAGUGAUGGGUUGUCACCCAGACAUUCAAGAGAAAGUUAUCCAGGAACUUGACGAGAUCUUCGGCGACAGCGACAGACCCGUGACAUUCCAGGAUACGUUGGAAAUGAAAUAUCUCGAGCGGUGCCUCAUGGAGACUCUUCGCAUGUAUCCACCCGUGCCAAUCAUCGCUCGUACAAUCAAUACCGACUUGAAACUUGCAUCGGGAGAUUACACGAUCCCAGGCGGAUGCACAGUUGUGGUGACGACCUUUAAGAUGCACCGACAGCCGCAAAUCUAUCCGAACCCGGAAGUUUUCAAUCCCGAUAAUUUCCUACCCGAGAAGACCGCCAAUCGGCAUUACUACGCUUUUGUACCGUUCUCUGCCGGGCCGCGUUCUUGCGUGGGUCGCAAAUACGCUAUGCUCAAGCUCAAGAUCAUCCUGUCCACAGUCCUGAGGAAUUUCCGCGUCAAGUCAGACAUCAAAGAAUCUGACUUCCGACUCCAGGCCGAUAUCAUCCUCAAGCGAGCCGAGGGCUUUAAGAUCAGAAUGGAACCGAGGAAACCAGCGGCCGCCACCGCUUAAACAGCUUUCUCAAGUUCCGCUUGCGUAGUUAACAGGGUGGUAGAGAAUAGCAGUAUAAUGAGGAGAAGCGGACUAUGCAUUUUUCGAAUUUUAAUUAAAGCGAAAAACGCAUUCAAAAAAAAAUCCGCAUCUCGCAUGUGUAGAUUGCGUGCGCAGAUCGUAUAUGCACGUAUACAUGAACAUACAUGUAUAUUACUGAUAGUCGUUAACCGUUAUAUGACACUUAUUGCUCUUGUGUUGAUAUUUAUCUCUUGCAAUAAAAUGCGGUGUACGCACUGCGAAAUCUGAAA